AUGGAUGAGAGACGAAGCAGCAGGAGGAAAGGGGGUGGUGGUGGUGGAGGCGGUGGUGGUGGUGAGCCCCGCCGUCGGGAUGGUGGGCUCGUCGGUGCGACAAUCCCCGCAUUUCAAUGCCCAAUUACCGGAAUGGAGCGUGAUGCUCCGGCUGCAACGGGGUUAGAGACUAGGAGCAACAGCAGCUAG